AUGGAGAACUCGACUUCAAUUUCCUUGGUCGAUAACACCGUCCCCGUACAGCAACAAACCAGCGAGGGACCCUCAACACAGGCAUCAGCCCUAGAUCGGCAAACAAGCCUAACGAAGCACUUAAGCCGCGCAUCAGUCCAGAGCCAACGCACGAAGCGAAAAUACGCAAAAUGGCAACCCGAUAGACUAGGAAUUGCACCCGACACCUCGGAAUCGCUCAGUCGAGAACCGUCCCAAGCUCCAGGAGGAUCAAUCUCAGCAAGCUCCGUCGGAGAAGCUAGCGGGGCUCGUGAUGUCGACGCGGCCGAUUUCGCGCCCCCCCACAUAUCAAGCCAUACUGGGGAUGGAAACGCGACUGGGAACAUUGAUCCUGGAGCCCAGACGAACAAACGAGGCUCAGAAUUGGACAUCCUCUACGAAAACCAGCGGGGCUGGUUCGUUUUUGGAGUUCCUCGCUAUUCACACAGCUCGCUGCUGAAUUUCGAUCCCAGUCCCUGGAUCACGCAGGAUAAGAGACCUAGUGCUGUUAAUAUCACCAACGCCCAACUGCCCGAUCCGAGUUGGGAGUGGGCGUGGAAGACGUGGUAUGUGGAUAUGUCGGGUGAUGUCGAUGAGCAGGGCUGGCAGUAUUCUUUCUCAUUCGCCUCCUCCUCCUGGCAUGGCACGCAGCCGUGGUUCCAUUCUUUUGUUCGGAGGAGGCGGUGGGUGAGGCUGCGGAUCAAGGUUCCAGAGAGGCGGCACCGUGGCCGAUCUGACUUUGAAAGGUCGCAUAUGUUUACUGAGGACUAUUUUACUAUUCACUCUUCCAAGGUCCGAAGCCGGGAGCAGAGCGUCGCGGGGUUGUCCCGGGUAGAAUCUGGAUUCUUGAGUCGUGCCAGUAUGACGGUUGAUGAGGAGCCGCAGAUCGAGGAGAUUCGGGAUAUUCCUAGCUUGAUGCAGGCUUUGAAGCUAGCAUCUAUUGAUCGGGAGAGAAUUGACGCCCUCAAGAAAUUCGUGAACAAUGGAGGGGACGAACUCUAUUACUUGGCCGAUAGGAUACCCGACAUCAUGCCCACAUUCCUUUUCCAGACAUCGCGCUGGCAAUUCGUAACAUAUCUUUCUGGUGUAGUUCGCGACUUAUCCAGAACUCAUACAGAUACCGACAAAGAUGCCGAUGCAGUUCAACGCAAGAAAGAUAAUCUUACCCGUGCAGCGGAGGCUUGCAAAAGCCAUAUCACUGGGCCAGAUGUUUUCAAGGACACCCACGGGGAAUCGGAGGCGGAAUUGCUAAACUUGACUCCGGUGGCCAAGCAGGAUACAUUAAAGGCCAAGCGGCCGAUGCUGGAGGAGCGGUCGCACUCGAUGAGGCGGAUUUUCAGGGGCAUUCCCAAAGCUGCUGAGAUUAACCGAGAAGAUCUAGUUCGGGUCACCGCCUGCCGCAUCGGCGCCGAUAAUUUUCGGGGCAAAAAGGUCCUCCGUCGCAAACACCUCAUCACACGCCCAUCCUCCUUUGUCAUUCAUGACUUCCGAACUGUUGGAGCGUCGACCUCUAUGCUCUCUCGUGGCCGUCCAUGUCUAAGGAGGCGAGUGUCCACCUUCUUGGACACCGUCACGACUGGGCCCGAUGAACCUCUUCUCUUCCUCUACCCCCGCUGGGCUGCAUCUACUUUACGGCAUCGACGACCAAUCUCUUCUUUGAAAUCGAUAGAAGCUGCGACGAGGACGUGUCAGCAUUUUCAUGCCCCCUUUCGCCCAGCGGCUCGCCCUUCUCCUUCACUUCCCCGAUACUCGCGUCAAUGGAUUUCCUCUGAUACCGCUACCCGCUCCGUCGAUGAUUCGAGUCACGAAACACAUUUCGUGGUGGCAGAACAUAGUUCUCCGUCCAGCAAAGGGAAUGGGGUUGGCUCCGAUAGCUCCAAUGGAAGCGUUGGGGAGACCUCCGGCCCGAAACAGUCCGGUUCCUCUGCCCGGAUCAAGAAUGGCACUUCGAAAAACCUACUAUCUCCCCAAAGAUUGGCAAGGUUGAAGAAUAUACAGAAGAGUCGUCAGCAUAACAAAUCCCCGGGUGAUCCACCUUCGCCCCUCACAAAGAAGCAAAGCCUUGCACGAAACUUGUCAGCCCAGGACAGCCAGAAGCUACGAUAUCGUGAAUUCCAGAGGGAGAAGUAUCGGAAGAAUGAAAAGCAUUAUGUGGACAAAGCUUGGUUUGACACGAAAGACGUGUUGGAGAAAGUGCAGCAAGAUACCCGGAAGAAAACCAAGCGUCGAACAAGGCAGAAGGAAAUACUCGUUGCAGAGGAUACCCUUGGUAUAUUCUGCGGCGUGACUCGGUGGACACUGCAGGAGAAUGUUUGGUAUCUUUCAGUCCAUAAUGGAUGCCGAGUACAUUGCCUGUCUGUGAAAGAGAACAAGGGACUGUACCGUCGAGUGAUUCUGUCUGGAACAGAGCAUGUUUUGGAGCUUGUACAGGCGCGUAUUGCCCGUGCACAGAGCCUUCAAACGAGUGGUGAUCCUCUCGUUGAUAUUCAAAAACCAUUGGCCCCCAUGUGUAUCUCGCAAAGUGCUAUGGAGCGUUCAAACGUUCCUGUACCGAAAAUCCGGGGGAUCUGGUGUUUUGAAAAGCAGCCAGUGAACCGCAGGCAUCUUGACGAGAUUUUGAUGUCUCAUCCGGGCCUGACUUCGGUGAAAGAGUUUGUCGAGCAGGUUGAAGAGCUUACACUUUCAGGUGGGCCACAAUUAGAUCCAAAGGGCAGGCCUUUAAAGCCCACAGCACAGCCCGCUAUCCCGCCCAAACAGAUUGCUCAACGUCUUAUGACUCUAUUCCAGUCGGAGGAAAAUUACAAGCAUAUCUCCACCGCGGCUUUGAAUGGCGCGUUGGUUUAUCUAUGUGACCAUGAACUUCCUGGCUAUGCUCGAGACUUGUGUUCGCAUGCAGAGCAUGUGGCCACGAUUGAUACGUUUAAUAUUUUGUUGAAAUACGCUGCGCGGUCUCAAGAUGUGGCAAUGUUUCGUCAAUUUGCACGGGCUAUGCCUCGAGUCCAUGUCUGUCCGAAUCCAGAUACAUGGCUUGCCUUGCUCAGUGCUCUUGUGACCCCCACGGAAAAAGCCGACCUCAUUCAGCAUAUGGUUCAUCGUGGUUACAUGUCCAGUACUGCAACUAUUCGGAGCGCAUUACAGCAUACGAUCCAGGAUUCACUUGUGACUCAUCUGGACAGCGGGAAAGACAUUGAAUCUUUCCUUGAUCUUAUGAUUCAUACCUACGGGGCCAAUUGGUUCAGUCAUUCCACGCUCGGUCAGAUGUUCGAGGUGGUGGCUCGGUUGAAAGACUGGGAUUCUUUGAGUCGGCUUAUACAACUUUGCAUCGAACAGAACGUGUUCAUGCCCGAGUAUACCCUUGUCAACAUGUUGAAAGCGCGCCGCCGCGACACAUUUGGCGCUGUACAAUAUUUCUUCCGAUUUCUUGAAUUGCCAGGGUUCCGACCUUCGUCGCAAGCCUUGGAGGCUUUGUUCUUGUCUGCUUUCAAGAACCGCCACUUCAACAUCUGCCGCGUUAUUUGGCGGUAUGCGUGCAUGUGGAAGCGCGUGACAUACAAAAUGCACCAAUGUGUCCUGACAUCCCUGUGUCGCAGUGUGCCUUUCCAAAAGGGACCCGAGACCGUCCAGAUCUGGAGCACUGAUGCCGGCAAAGUCAUUGUCGGUCUCGAUCUACACCAUGCAAGUUACCCGGUCAAGGACUCCAUCCUCAGCGACAUCCCCUCCGAAUUCCACCAGAACCCUCUUGCCUACCUUUCUAAAUGGAAACCCGUCGGCGAAGAACGAGAUCGCCAGCUCCGCCUUGCCAAGGCCCUCGUUGACCGAGACAUGGAGCUUGGUGCCAACUCCUAUUACCCCAAGAACCCUCUGCCACUUAUGUUGGACGCAGCAGCCAUCUUAGAUCAUGAGUGGCGUGGUAUACCCCGGCCCUUGGCGUGGACGAUGCAAAAUGCCAUCCAGAUCCCCGUCGGUCUCAAAUCCGAAAGAAACUGA